AUGGCGGACCACAAGGUGCCAGUUUACUCAACCAACGACCUCAAGUCUACUAGCGAUGACGCUCUCCUCCCCUACCUGACCAACCUCCCCGCGCCCUACACCUUCACGGUCGACCACUCCAAGAGCAACAUCCGCUUCGUGCUUGGCUACAGUGCCGUCGCGAUCGCCGGCUUUACCUUCUAUGCCGACCGCAAACUAGGCUGGGAGGCGACCACAUCACCCUGGAUCAUCGCCGCAGUUGCAUCAUACUUCGUCCUCAAUAGCGCGCUAACCUUCUGGAUCUGGGCCGUAGAGGCCGGAGAGGUAUUCAGCGGGAAGCGAAAGACUGGGGAGACCAUCUCUAUCUCCUCGUCCGCCAAGAAGCACGCCGUCCCGUACCAGCUACAUGUCGUAUACAAGUCGCCUGCAGGCAAAGUCCUGCAGGAUAAGAAGUUCGAGGCACCUUUCACCAACUGGUUCUCCGCCGACGGCGUGUUCCACCCAGAGCCCUUCCGCCGCUGGCUGGCAGGUGAGGUCGAUGUCUUGAGAUUGGCGGCCAAGGAGAACGAGAAGAAGACUGGCGGUGCUUCGGCUCUAGUGGGACAGCAGGGGGAGGCCGGCAAUAUUGGCAAGGGUGGCAAGAGUAGUCGGUAG